GCUUUUCACCACGGCCAGAAAUUCCUAAAACUGCAUGAAAAGCCUUUUCCUUUCGGCGCCAACAAAUCAGGCACAGCCUAACUUGCUUAUUAUUCAAAUGCCGGCCCAGCAGCACGUAACGGGGAGGAGGGAGCAUCUAUCUGUAACCAUUAUUCUAUACGCUGACGACCCAUCUCCCGUUUCUUGCCACUCACGCAUGAAACUCCUGGGAGAAUGUCAAUCUAUGCUGUCCCGAAUUAAAAAAAAAUAUCAUUGAUAUCAUCACAAGCUCACUACAUCAGUGACCAGUGACGGUGUCGCUCGGCAGAUCUCAAGAUGGUGGCAGUAAUUAAGUGAAGUGCAUGGGGACGGGAGCACACUUUCUUGAUUGGCAUGAAUUUAUUGGAUCACAGGAAAUAGGUGGUGGGAGUGAGAGUAAAUAAGAUGCGAAGGCACAUGGGAGGUACGUAGACAGUGGCAUUGCUUCGUAGGGACGUCGUGCAUGGGCACGUGAACAGCUGCAUGGGUGCCGUAAUGCCAGGGCUCCCAGUUGAAGCUCGUAAAAUAUGAGGUGGCAGUCAAUCAUUGCAGAGCCUAUAUAUAAAACGGCAAGGUGAGGCGCUGAAAGGUGCGAGUGGUGAAGAUGGGGAGAAGCAUGAGGGCACUGGGACUGCUGAUGGUGAUAUUUGCGGUGGUGAUGAUGAGGAUGGAGGCGGUGGAGGCGGAAACGACGGCGCCCAAGCUGGAGUGGCAUUACUACAAGGUCCACAAUACAUGCCGAUACGCGGAGGUGUACGUGAGGCACCAGGUCAAGAUCUUUUGGGACAACGACAAAGGCAUUACCCCUAAGCUCCUCCGCUUGCUCUAUGCCGACUGCUUCGUCACUGGCUGUGACGCUUCAGUCUUGCUGGACGGACCAAACUCGGAGAAGAAGGCUCCCCAGAACAGAGGGCUGGCGGGAUUCGUGGUCAUCGACAAGAUCAAAACUGUUUUAGAAGAUCGAUGCCCCGGAGUUGUGUCGUGCGCUGAUAUACUCCACCUCGCCGCCAGGGACGCUCUUCAACUGGCGGGUGCGCCGGGUUAUCCUGUUUUCACGGGACGAAGGGAUGGCUUCAAAUCAGAUGUUGCCUCUGUAGACUUGCCCUCCCCCUCCAUCUCCCACCAAGACGCUUUAUCAUACUUCAACUCCAAGGGCUUAUCUGAACUCGAUAUGACCACCCUGUUGGGAGCACACUCCAUGGGCAGAACCCACUGCAGCUUCAUCGUGGAUCGACUGUACAAUUACAACGGCAGUGGAAAGCCAGACCCCACCAUGAAUGCUACUCUUGUGGAAACUCUCAGGAAGCAGUGCCCGCCUCCAAAGAAGGGGCAGCACGACCCUCUGGUGUUCCUAAACCCACAAUCUGGCUCUCACUUCACUUUCACAGAAUCUUACUACCAGAGAAUCCUGACCCACGAAGCUGUCCUUGGGGUUGAUCAGCAACUGCUGUAUGGUGAUGACUCUCCACAAAUCACUGAGGAAUUUGCUGCUGGCUUUGAAGAUUUCCGGAGGUCUUUUGCUCUCUCCAUGUAUCGAAUGGGAAAUAUCAACGUUUUGACAGGAAACCAGGGAGAGAUCCGCCAUAACUGUCGAUAUACAAAUAAGGGCUACCAGAAUUAAAAAUUAUGAUUAGCGAGAUGUAAACAAGCCCGGCCAUCUGAAAUGGUAUUGUUUGUGUUUACAAGGAAAAGAAUAAUACACGAAUCACAUGAAUAAGCCUUUUGUCCUCUGUAAGUUGCAUUAGUACAAGAAAUUGCCAACUCACAAAGCUUUCCUUGCACCACGUGUGAACCAUUUCAAGUCCCUCUUCUGACGAACAACUACAGCCGCAAACCUCAAAACUCAAGUACAUAUUUCCCCAAACUAAAAUAUCCCCAACCC